CACGGGGGGAGAGCCCCAGAAGCCCCGCCGUUGUGUUGCAUGUCGCUGAGGCGUGUGCGCGGAAAGCGCGUGCGCGGCCGAAGCGAGGCGGGGCGUCCUGAGGGUGACUGACGCCCUUGGCUGUGUGGCCGGCUGGCUCGCGUUGAGGCGGACAGGACUCGCACGAGACUGCACGGCCGCCCUGAGGGGCAGAAGCGGCGCGGGCUGAGCAGCCUUUCCGCACCCGCUGUGGUCCUCCUCCGCUCCGCGCCCAGUCCGGGGCAGGCGCAGGGAGUAUGAAAGUUCCGCCUCCUCUACCUCCGCUGCCGCACCGACACGGCUCCGGCCGCUUCCUGCUUCCCCUGCUCAGGAAGAGCGGCUGCUUCUGCCCGCUGCGGUGAGAGUCUCUGCGGGGCGGUCCGGUGAAUGCAGGUGUCUGCCCAGCCUGUGCUGGGCGCCCUUCGCUUUUCCUCCCUUCCCCAGCUCAAGUGCCUGGCAGUUCCAGCGAUCAAGACUCGGUUAACUGGGCGAAGUAGCAGCGACAACGCGCACAUCGGCCUCCCAAGGAGCCUUACGGGAUUCCCCUUUCCUCCUUCCCAGCAAUCACUGAAGACUUUUUUAAAAAAAAUACUUUAAGAUGACUUAAUUCCCUCCUCCCUCAGAUACUUCUUUUACAUUUUUGCAGAAUUAUUUUUAUUUUUCCGGGGGAAAGCAGCUGAGAGUGUUCCUUUCUUCCUGCUGCUGGGCGAGAGACUUCUUGGAGGUGAAGAGAAGGAGAACUUUCCUGCAGACCGGAAUCAGUUUGCAAUUGGGGAUUUCUCGGUGGGGACGUUUCCGAGUGGCUGGGGACGCAUCGCCCCCCCCCCCCUUCUCCAUUUGCAGUGAACGUGCAGAUAAUCGACGAUGGAGCUGGGCAGGAUGGAUUAUUUCUGUGAUCAGGUGCAGCAGAAAGAUGUGGCCCGCAGGAUGCAGGUCGGCCAAGAAUUUCUGGAGUACUUGAAUGAUCCAGAUGUGUCCUCUGACGUCCAGCAGGAUCAGCAGCGCCUUGAUAAAGUGAUUGACGAAUUAACGGGAUGGGUUAACUCUAGCAAUUAUAAGGUGUCAUUACUUGGAUUAGAUCUUCUAGGUGCCUUUGUGGACAGAUUGUUGGGACGCUUCAAAUCUUACAUAGGAACUGUUCUUCCAGUGUUAGUGGAUCGAAUGGGAGAUGCCAAAGACCAAGUUCGAGAACAAGCACAGAAUCUUGCUUUGAAAUUAAUGGAUCAGACAGCUCCACCAAUGUACAUUUGGGAUCGUCUUGCUGCUGGCUUUAAGCACAAGAACUAUCGGUCACGAGAAGGAGUGUGUCUGUGUCUCCUUGCAACCUUAAACAACUAUGGCGCAGAAUCCUUAGUUCUCAGCAAACUGGUACCACACUUAUGCAACUUGUUUGGAGACUCCAAUAGCCAGGUGAGAGAUGCUGCAAUAUUGGCGAUUGUGGAGAUUUAUAGACACGUAGGGGAGAAAGUAAGGGCAGACCUUAACAAGAGAGGAAUUCCUUCUGCAAGGUUACAAACCAUAUUUAUGAAAUUUGAUGAAGUGAAAAGCUGUGGCAACAUGAUUUCGAGCAACGUCAGUGAUAAAAGCUUUGAUGAUGAAGAAUCAGUGGAUGGAAAUAGACCAUCUUCAGCUGCCUCUGCCUUCAAGGUUCCUGCACCUAAGAAACCUGGAAAUCCCUCAAAUGCUUCAAGAAAGCCCGGUUCUGCUGGCGGGCCUAAGGUUGGAGGCACAGGCAAGGAAGGAGGAGCGGGGGCUGUGGAUGAAGAGGACUUCCAAAAGGCAUUUACGGAUGUUCCUCCUGUACAGAUCUAUUCUAGUCGUGAACUCGAAGAAACGCUAAAUAAAAUCAGGGAAAUCUUGUCAGAUGACAAACAUGACUGGGAUCAACGAGCCAAUGCGCUUAAGAAGGUCCGAUCACUGCUUGUUGCUGGAGCAGCACAGUAUGACUGCUUUUUUCAGCAUUUACGAUUGUUGGAUGGAGCAUUUAAAUUAUCAGCUAAAGAUCUCAGAUCACAAGUUGUUAGAGAAGCGUGCAUUACCGUUGCCCAUCUUUCAACUGUUCUCGGGAACAAGUUUGAUCAUGGCGCAGAAGCCAUUGUGCCUACUCUGUUUAACCUGGUCCCUAAUAGCGCCAAAGUCAUGGCUACUUCUGGGUGUGCUGCCAUUAGAUUUAUCAUUCGUCAUACUCAUGUGCCCAGGCUCAUACCUUUAAUAACAAGCAACUGUACCUCAAAAUCUGUUGCAGUUAGGAGGCGCUCUUUUGAAUUUUUAGACCUGUUGUUGCAAGAGUGGCAAACUCAUUCCUUGGAAAGGCAUGCAGCUGUUCUGGUUGAAACUAUCAAAAAGGGCAUACAUGAUGCUGAUGCAGAAGCAAGAGUGGAGGCAAGAAAGACUUACCUAGGUCUAAGAAAUCAUUUUCCAGGUGAAGCCGAGGUGCUGUAUAAUAAUCUUGAAGCUUCCUAUCAAAGAAGUCUCCAGACAUACCUGAAAAAUUCUGGUAGCGUCACGUCCCUUCCACAGUCAGACAGGUCAUCUUCCAGCUCACAGGAAAGCCUCAACCGUCCUUUCUCUUCAAAAUGGUCUACAUCCAGCUCAGCAAGUGUGGCUGGCAGAGUUGCAGGGAGUACCAAAGCUCCUCCAAGCACAGGAACGCUGCAGAGGUCUCGCAGUGACAUUGACGUUAAUGCCGCUGCCGGUGCUAAGGCACGUCAUGCUGCUGGCCAGCCAGCAGGAACCGGACGAUUAGCGGCCGCUGGACUACCCCCGGGAUCAUAUGCUUCACUAGAGGACACUUCUGACAAGAUGGAUGGAACAGCUUCUGAAGAUGGACGUGUGCGAAGCAAGCUUUCAGCACCUUCUAUGGGCAUUGGAAACUCAAAGACUGAUUCAAGGGGCCGUAGCCGAACAAAAGUUGUGUCACAGUCUCAGCGUUCAUCAUCGCCAGACAAAAAUGAAGCUGGUAGCCGUUCUGGUUCUCCUGGAAGAGUUUUGACUACCACUACACUCUCAACUUUGAACAGUGGGGUUCAGAGAGUACUGGUCAGCCCUGCUACAGCACAGAAGCGGAGCAAGAUUCCUCGAAGCCAAGGAUGCAGCAGAGAGGCCAGUCCUUCAAGACUAUCAGUUGCACGAGGUAGUCGUAUUCCUCGACCUAGUGUGAGUCAGGGUUGCAGUCGGGAGGCCAGCCGGGAAAGUAGCAGGGAUACAAGCCCUGUCCGCUCUUUUGCACCCCUUGCUUCCAGGCAUCACUCCAGAUCCACUGGUGCUCUCUACUCUCCAGAUGUUUAUGGGGCAACAGGCACAGGUUUUGGAAUAAGUCAGUCAAGUCGGUUGUCAUCUUCAGUUAGUGCCAUGCGAGUCUUAAACACGGGGUCAGAUGUGGAAGAGGCAGUAGCAGAUGCUUUGCUCUUAGGAGACAUACGGACAAAGAAAAAACCAGUACGAAGGAGGUACGAAUCAUAUGGAAUGUAUUCUGACGAUGAUGCUAACAGUGAUGCAUCUAGUGCUUGCUCAGAAAGAUCAUACAGCUCCCGAAAUGGCACCAUACCUACCUAUAUGCGGCAAACAGAAGAUGUAGCUGAGGUCCUCAAUCGUUGUGCAAGCUCCAACUGGUCAGAAAGAAAAGAAGGUCUUUUGGGACUACAAAAUUUAUUAAAAAACCACAGAACUUUAAGUCGCGUUGAAUUAAAAAGACUGUGUGAAAUCUUCACGCGAAUGUUUGCUGACCCACAUAGCAAGAGAGUGUUCAGCAUGUUUUUAGAAACUUUGGUAGACUUCAUUCAAGUCCAUAAAGAAGAUCUACAGGAUUGGCUAUUUGUGUUGCUGACUCAGCUGCUAAAAAAAAUGGGUGCUGAUUUGUUGGGAUCGGUACAAGCCAAAGUUCAAAAGGCACUUGAUAUAACAAGGGAAUCAUUUCCAAAUGAUCUCCAGUUCAAUAUUUUAAUGAGAUUCACUGUUGACCAGACGCAAACCCCCAGCUUGAAGACAGUCAAGCCAGCACUGCAGGACCAGCUUCGUUCUUUUUGGAGCUCCAAGGUAAAAGUUGCAAUUCUUAAAUACAUAGAGACUCUUGCACAACAGAUGGACCCAGGAGAUUUUGUAAAUUCAAGUGAAACUCGUCUGGCAGUAUCCCGAAUUAUCACUUGGACGACAGAACCUAAAAGUUCAGACGUUAGAAAGGCUGCACAGUCAGUAUUGAUUUCUCUUUUUGAACUCAAUACUCCCGAGUUUACAAUGUUGCUGGGUGCUUUACCAAAAACUUUUCAGGAUGGCGCCACAAAACUCCUUCAUAACCACCUCCGAAAUACAGGAAACGGUAGCCAGGGAUCCAUGGGAAGCCCUUUAAUAAGACCUGUUCCUCGCUCACCAGCAAGUUGGUCUAGCCCCCUCACUUCACCAACUAAUACAUCCCAGAAUACUUUGUCACCAAGUGCAUUUGAUUACGACACAGAAAACAUGAAUUCAGAAGAUAUUUAUAGUUCUCUCCGUGGAGUGACUGAAGCAAUUCAGAACUUCAGCUUUCGUAGUCAGGAGGAUAUGAAUGAGCCUAUGAAACGAGAUUCAAAAAAAGAAGAUGGUGAUUCAAUUUGCAGUGGGUCUGGAGGAAGUGGAGCUACUGAUACAGGCCGAACAGCCCUUGACAACAAAACCUCAUUACUUAACACAAUGCCUCCUCAUUCAUCCCCACGGUCACGUGAUUAUAAUCCAUAUAAUUACACGGACAGCAUUGGUUCUUUCAACAAAUCAGCUUUAAAAGAAGCCAUGUUUGAUGAUGAUGCUGACCAGUUUCCCAACGAACCUCCUCUGGACCAUUCUGAUCUAGUUGCAGAACUGCUGAAAGAAUUGUCAAACCAUAAUGAGAGAGUUGAAGAACGAAAAGCUGCUCUCUACGAACUCAUGAAAUUGACCCAAGAAGAAUCUUUUGGUGUUUGGGAUGAGCACUUCAAAACAAUUUUGCUUUUAUUGCUAGAAACUCUUGGGGACAAAGAGCAUGCGAUUAGAGCCCUGGCAUUGAAAGUCUUACGAGAAAUUUUAAGGCACCAACCAGCAAGAUUUAGAAAUUAUGCAGAACUCACCAUCAUGAAGACAUUAGAAGCUCAUAAAGACCCUCAUAAGGAGGUGGUAAGAUCUGCUGAAGAUGCUGCUGCUAUGCUAGCCACGUCCAUUAGCCCAGAUCAGUGCAUCAAAGUACUCUGUCCCAUUAUCCAAACGGCAGAUUACCCCAUUAAUCUGGCUGCAAUCAAAAUGCAAACUAAGGUGAUAGAAAGAGUAUCUAAAGAGACCCUUGCUCAGCUCUUGCCAGAGAUAGUACCAGGUCUAAUACAGGGCUAUGAUAACUCAGAGAGCAGUGUUCGGAAAUCUUGUGUCUUCUGCCUUGUAGCCAUUCAUGCAGUAAUUGGUGAUGAACUGAAACCACAUCUCAGUCAACUCACUGGCAGCAAAAUGAAGUUGUUGAACCUUUAUAUCAAGCGUGCACAAACAGGCUCUGGAGCAGGUGAUGCGGCUGCAGAUGUUGCUGGACAAAGCUAAUGAAGCCAGUUGGUCACAAAAUAGGUCUUGUGAAGAAAAGACAAACAGUAAAAGGAAAAAACCUCAAACACACCUUUUCGGAAAUCUUCACCUUCGUUGGAGUUUCUUUUGUUUUCUCCCCCCACCCACCUGUAUGGAGGGCUGCUCUCAGCCUGCAUGUGACUGUUGCAGUUAUUUCAUAUCCAAGGGGAAAAAAGCAGUAUUAAUGUCAUUUGAUUGACACAAAAUAAAUUUUGAAAUGUAAUCCAUCAUGUUUUCUGUUCACACUCCUCCGUGUGUCUCCCCGAUAAUUUUCACCAGUGUUACUGUACAUUUUAAUUUUUAAAAAGCAAGCAAAUUAAACCGGAAUGCAUUAAACUCUAAAAGUGAAAAUCUAAAUUUCCUUGUUUUUAUUUGGCUGCAACGUAACAUAGCUGUUCCUGUUUUUGUUAAAGUAAUAUCUUCUGAGCUGGGCAAGACAGGUCGGAACUGCAACUAGACUGUGUUUGGAAAUGCAUCCUCAUUAUGUAUGUCAACUAAGAUCAUGUGAAGUUUGAAAGCGAGCGGUGCCCAUCAAUACUGGAUUGAUCCGGCGCUGGGGAAGCGCUUGUACUUCACUGGUGGAAUGUUCGUCCCGCAAAUAAGAAUACAGUACAAACGACUGAACUGCAGCCUAUACAUCCUUUUGUGGAAGGUGGCCUAUGCAGAGUAAAGUGUUGCAGAACUGAGAUUGAGUGAUGUCCUGUUUUCCAGUAGCUGGUUAAACAAAGUCUCCUAAUGGACAUGAACCAUCCUUAUGACCGUUUCCUCUUUAAGCAGGAUGCUUCAGAGUGGAGUGCUCUGCACAAGCAUGCUCAGUGUGUAUUUAUCUCUAUCACUAGAAUGUUUCCUCUCAACCUAAUUACUGGGGCUGCUAGUUCUAUCAUUUUAACCCAUGUACGGAAUAUUUGAUAGCACUGCAGAGAUCUCCUUGGUGAUUCACUUUUUUUUUUCUUUUUGGCAAGAGCUGGGGUUUCUGCACUGAAUUUUUGGGGGGUUGGGGAAAAAAAUUCCACAAGCACUAUAUCGACCUUCAUACCAGUGGUUUGAGGGGUUCAUUUGAACGAUUUGGGAAAGCUGCACCAAAUUUAUUGCAUGGUUUUCUUGAAACAGUGUCAUCAAGAUUUAUCUGGAUUGAGAUGUGGAGAUGUUUUCAGGUUGUUUCUGUAAUUUUUUAAACUUCAUUGUGAAUAAUGCUUCUUUGUAUUUAUGAACUUGUUAACAAGCUUCUUAUUGAGAGAUGGGAGUGAGAUCAGCACCCUUCUCACAAUGGCUAGAACAUAGAUGCUGUGGCCAGGGCUGCAUCGUCUAGUUUUGGGGAUUGUGUCCUUACAGGAGAGAACAUAGCAGUGCCAAGGAGGAGGAGGAUGAUCUGUGCUAGGCUAAGAUGCUCUCUACCUCUUCAGGGUGAAUACUUUUGUCUGAGCUGCUACCCAUAAUGUCUUGUGGAAAAACUGUCUAUAGAAAUAUUUUUUUAUUUUUAUUUUUUUUCCUUUGCUAAUAUGUAUUCACAGCCCAGUUCUUUAACAUGCAGCCAAAUGCCAUUUUUUUUUAAAAAAAAAGAAGAGCUAAUGACGUUUUACUCUCUAGUUACCUUGAAGGCAAAGUCUAUAAAUGUGUGGAAUACUUUCAGUUGCAUAAUUUAAUAAGUCAUUUUGACUCUGAUCAGCGGUAAUUGUGACUGGGAAAGAUGAAAUGUGGUUCUCGAAGAAGCAGUUCGCUAUUGCCGAAAGGUGUUUAUUGAGGGAAAUAUUUUAGAGAUAUAUGUACAAAUUUUAAAAUUGUCAUUAUUCAUCACUGGCUUUUUUUAGCAGCUGCAUCAGAAAAAUAGUCUCCCUUUACUCAUUCUCAUAUGUGUAACAUUCUUGUUUUCUAUUGUUCUGUUGCAUUGUGUAUUUAUAGUUCUAUUACCAUUGUGCAUAUACAGGCAAUAAAAUGUACAUAACAUUACUUGAAAAAAGUUAA